ACUUUACUCUGUGGUCUGUGUGAUAUUCAUUAUUAAACUCUUUCUAAAUUGACUCCUAUAAAUGAUCUAUGGUCCAAAAAAUCCCGAAAUCACUUUUAGGCGCAAUUUUAAAACAAUGGCGGAGCCGAAGACAUACUGCGGAGCCAGUUCGCAUCACGUACAUUGCGAGGACUACAAAUUUCAGCAUAAAAUACCCCUCAGAUUAUUCAAUACGGACAAGAAAUACGAUAAUUUUCGGUGGUUGGAUAUAAAAAGAUGCUCGGGAGUUUUAGAUUCGCAUACAUUUAUUAAUGUGUCUGGAGUUCAGGUGCUCGGCAUCAUUGAUUGCGAAUUUGUGGAGAUCGGUGUAAAAUCGUUUGAGAUUUUGCAAGGCCUUUCUUCAAUUAGUGUUUGGAAAUCAAAAUUUCCAUUUACCGAUGCUUCCUUCGAUAAUUGCCCCAGUGUUAAGAGUUUAAGCUUCAUUAAAUGCCCAAACACUGUCAUGCUAAAGGGGUUGGUCAAGUUAAACAACUUGGUGGACUCAAGCAUUCGGCAAACCAAUGUUCUUAUUGAUUGCAGCCUGGCGGGGUUUAAUAUGUUAAAGAGCUUGUUUAUUGAUCGGAGCGUGGUCAAUGUGAAUGGUGGCGCUUUCGACGACCUAAAAGAACUAGAGUGUCUAUCCCUGUCCAACAGCAAUUUGGAAAAUUUUGAUUACAAAGUUUUACUCAAGUUGCAGAGCUUGAAAAAGUUAACCUUUUUUGGAAAUACCAUCGGAAACCAAACAGAAUUGAUCGACUACCAAAUAUUUGACAGGUUGCCGAAUCUGGAGGCGAUUAUGUUUCCUGCCGAGGCGGUGAAGUCGCUAAACUUUCGCGCCUUUGGCAAACUGAAACUGGUUCAGUUGGACAUUAACGACGAGGCAGCGGAGCGCCUGUUAAAUUUUUUGACGGAAAAGAAUAUUAUUUUCGAAUGGACGAGUUUCGACGAAUUGCCUGACAUAGAUGAGCAUGAUCCAAAUAUCUUAGUUUGCGCUUAAAUAUAAAUAACACCAAAUAUUUUAUGUAACUAGCAAACAUUGAUUAAUCUUUUGUAAUUUUAGGAAUUUUCUACCAGUCUUUGAACCUUAUAGAUUUUAUGUGUAUUGUGAUUUUCAAAUGAUGUAAUACAGUAUAAUUAUUGAA